AUGGUUCAAUUUGCUUUGUGGGCGCUUGCUCUAGGCGCGUUGGCAGGGAGAACCUCCGCCGUCGCCAUUGAUGGCCAGCCUGCACAGUCAAGACCUAGGCAGCUUGAUUGUACCGGAGUCAAUGCCAUAAACAUCAAUUGCAAGUCGCAGGAAGCUUCGUACCAUCGGGACUUCUUCUACGUGGGCGGCCGCUCAGUCAAUGCCUCCACAGGCACAUUGACCGUCGAUCAAAUAUACGUAGAGAAGCUGACGCCGACGCUCUCGGAGCACAAGCCAAACCCGAUUGUCUUCAUCCACGGAGGGGGUGUUUCUGGGAGUACAUGGCUUAACACGCCUGACAACCGCGAAGGCUGGGCAACCUACUUCACGAAGCAGGGCUAUGUAGUGUACCUGCUCGACGCCAACGCCAUCGGGCGCAGUGCCGAGAACGACCUAACGAACUUCACUACUAUCCCGGGGACGUCUAAUGAAAAUGUUGAGAUCGGCUUCACGGCGGUCGGGUUGUACAACUAUUACCCCCAAUAUUCGGUCCUGAUGUCCAAUGAUUGUCCUCAGUACAUCGCUGCGAGCAUCAAUAUUGAGCCCGCCACUGUGCCGUUCUGGGGCUACGGCUACGGACUAGGCGGGAAUCCCAGUACACCUUGGGGUCUCACGUGGACCGCUCUCGACUAUGUACCAGCUAUUGCCAACUCUUCCGAACUGCAAACAGAAUCGGUUGGCAACGAGACCAUGGCGAAGCGGAACUGUUAUCGUCAAAAGGAGCCAGCCCGACAGCUGCCCAACAUCUCCAGUGUACCAUAUCUCAUGGUUACAGCCGAGGCUUCUGUUCACAUCACAUACGACCACUGCAUUAUUGACUAUCUGAAGCAGGUCGGGGGGAGCCCGGACUGGAUCAAGCUUUCUGAUGUGGGAAUUAAAGGGAACGCCCAUUUUAUGCACAUUGAGAAGAACAAUCUAGAGAUCGCAGCUGUUGUAGAGGGCUGGAUCGAGGCGCAUUGA